AGAAAAUAGGAGAAAAACGGAAGAGGGUUGGAGAUUACAGGGCUCAGACAAGGGAUCCUCCUUUCCUUUGCCUUUUUGCCUUUUAUUUCCAGUUCUACCCUUGCGACAUCUUAUUUCUUCUUAUUCCCGUUUUGCCCUCUCAGAUGCAACGAAUAAAUGGGCCCCACAUCCGAUAAUUCAGAGAUCGAACGGCAGAAAAGGAGGGAGGAGGUGGAAUCUGGAAAUGAGCACAGAAAGGAUGUGAUCUACACCGAGAGAGGAUGUUGCUUCUGGGUUCCCCAAUUCACAUCGAGUCGAUCUCCAGCCUCUGGAUCGUCAUCAGGAUCGUGGGAGAAGAUCAGGGCCAAGGGCACCGCGGCUGAGACGACGAAGGAGGAAGGAAGGUGGUGGAAGAAGGGCUGGGAUGUGCUGAAGAAGGUGAGGGCAUGGUCGGAGGUCGUGGCGGGGCCCAGGUGGAAGACAUUCAUCCGACGAUUCAACAAGAGAAUGGGGGUAGGGAGGUCGAAAAAAUUCCAAUACGAUCCCUUAAGCUACGCCUUGAAUUUUGACGACGGGCAUGGGCAGAAUGGUAAUUCGGAUGAAGAGAUUGGGUACCGGAGCUUCUCGGUCCGGUACGCUUCGCUCCCGGCCUCCGCCAAGACAUCCAUGGAUCUUGGAAAGGACGGGCCCGAUUUUGCAGCGAUGACCGCUAACGUGCGCCAUGGGUGACAGCGCUAUUUUCGGUUUCUUCGUAUCAUAUUUUAUUUUAUUUUAAUUUUCUUAUAUGCAUGUAUUCUUUUAAGUGACUGGUGAUAUGUGGGCCCCGGGUGAUAUAUGGGCCUGCAUGCUGCUCCAUUCAUUGAAAUAUGCACGACCGCCCAAUCCGGACGGUCCAGGCCGUGGAGCUUGACGUAGAUGGACCCUUGACCUAAAAAUCGCAACCGAGGGAAGAUCUUAACCGUCUGAUAUUGUCUGCUGACUUUUGACCGUU